AUGUCAGGUGAAGAUGGUGAGGAUUGGCGUCGGGCAAUAGUCUCAGAAGUAAAAUCCAUUCUCAAACACAACACCUGGAUAUUGGUCGACCGUCCUGCGGACAAGGAAAUCAUCGGAAGCCGCUUUGUAUUGCGUAAUAAGUACAAUUCUGAAGGAACCCUGGAAAGAAGAAAGGCACGUCUAGUGGCCAAGGGGUUUGCACAACGCCCGGGAUUUCACUUUAAUGAAACUUUUGCCCCCGUGGCACGAAUGAGCUCAGUUCGUCUCCUAACUGCUCUAGCGGCUCAAGAAGGAAUGAACAUUCAACACUUGGAUGUAACCACUGCAUAUCUGAAUGGAGAUAUCGACGAGGAGCUAUUUAUGGAACCUCCCAAAUUCCUGAAAGAAGCACUUGAGUCAGUCGCAGAAAAUGAAGUCAGUCGACGAUGA